UUACAGACUGCUGCACCAAACCAGAUGCUCAGGCGAAGAGUGAAAACAAAGAAAGAGACUUUAUUUUUGCAAGACGUUUCUUGACUAGUGGAUGUUAUCGUAUCAGGCAUAAAGAUGUAGUAAUGGCCCUGUAGAAUGGAAUUGGAAGUUAAUCUUUACAAACAUUUUGCAUGGCUUAAAAAGGUCAAUGUGCAGAGCGCAGGCAACAGUGAGAGCAAUCUAGAGCGACUGUCUCGUCUAGAAGGAGAUAAAGAAUCUCUUGUGUUACAGGUGAGUGUGUUGACAGACGAGGUGGAGGCUCAAGGUGAGAAGAUCAGAGACCUGCAGAGCUCUCUUCAGGAAUAUCAACACAAGCUCAACUGCACUGAGAAGAUGCUUCAACAGGUGCAAAAAAAGAUUUCAAAUGAGCUAACAAUCAGGACUUGUCUUGAAACGCAGAAGCUGGGUUUGAUGGAGGAAGUGUCCUGUCUGAAACUAAACCUUGGGGACAUGGAAAACAAACAAGCUCAAAGCACUAAGAGGCAACAUAAAGCUGAGAGCGUAGUGAAUCUGAUCAGUGAGCUGCAGGAGCAGAUGUGCAGAAUUCGGCAGGAGAUUUCCAGUAAGAUCACAGAGAAGCCACUGUUGUUGGACCAAGAGAAAGGUUGUGAGCCAGCUCAGGCGUCUCUGACUGAGCCGAAGCCAGCAGUGGGUCAGAGAUCCGGAGCUUUAGUCAUGCUUGGACACGCGAACACACAGGCUCUGCACGAAUCUCAUCUGUGUAAAACGGCAAAUCUGCUUCAGGAGCUGAAGAUGUUAAAGAAUCAAGUUGAACAUCUGGAACAAGAGAAGUCAGAGUACAAGCAAAAGCUCAAGGUGACACAGGCAGAGAUCACAAGUUUGCAGCAACUGUUGAGCUGUAAAACUGCUGAGAUUGGGAGUCUUCAGUCUCAGCUGCUCUCCAGAGCUCCAGUGUCUGUGGAUAGCGCUGAGAGAGAUCAGGAGCUCCAGAGAAUAAAAAUUGGGAUGGAGUCACUUAUUGCAGCCAAUAAUGAAAAGGACCGGCGAAUAGUAGAGCUUACUCUACUCCUCACCCAGUGCAGACAGAUCAGUGAUAUCAUGACAUUAGUUCAAGCAUCUGGAGACAAAUCUGUUCCCAUCAGCAGUGAGGAAGACGAACAGAAUGGAAGUAUAAACACGAAAUCUUUAACACACAAGGCUCACACUGAGUUGAGCUUCAGUAGCUCAUCUCCUUUACUGGUCACUUCAGAUUCUUCACAAAAGGAUGCAAACUCAAGAUCCAUCAGCAUGCAAGACUUGAAAGCCAGCUCAGAACAAAAGGCUCUAGAAGGCAAACUGGUAGGGCCCGUCCUGUCAGAGGAGAUUCAUCCAGCUGAUAACAGACAACAAACACCACCAGCGAUACAGACACUCUCGCAGAAAAGAGAGAGUGAGGCGAGUGGAACAUCAGACCAGAGUUCUCCAGAGGAUGUCAGCCUUAAAAACACAGAGAAAAUGAAGGAUACAGCAUCUGACCUAUCCUCACUGUCGUCUGGAGCAGAUUCUGGUCAGCAAUCACCUGUGUUACAGGAAAAUGUUAAAAACACCAGUAUACUCAAACUUUGGGGAAAGACCAAGAGAACAGGUGUGCUGUCAGAUGACCUGGAGCCCAUCGAGUUCAGGAGAGGAGGGUUCAGGGCCACAGCGGGACCCCGGUUAACACGGAACCCUGAUUCAGGACACUCAGCUUGUCUGCACAUGCCAUUCUGUAAGUGGAACACAGAGCAGGUGUGUAGCUGGCUGGAGGACAGCGGUUUCGGGCAGUAUGUUAAUUUGGCCCGUCAAUGGGUGGAGAGCGGUCAAACCUUACUAUCUGCCACUCCACAGGAGCUUGAGAAGGAGAUUUGUAUUAAACAUCCUCUGCACAGAAAGAAGCUGCAAUUGGCACUCAGAGCCUUUAAUAACAAGUCAAUGGAAAAAUCUUCUGAACUUAAUCACAUCUGGGUUACACGCUGGCUUGAUGACAUUGGCUUACCCCAAUACAAAGAUCAGUUCUAUGAGAGCAGGGUUGAUGGACGAAUGCUACAGUAUUUGACGGUGAAUGAUCUACUGUUCCUGAAAGUCACCAGCCAACUCCAUCAUUUGAGCAUUAAAUGUGCAAUCCAUGUUCUUCAUGCCAACAAGUUCAACCCACACUGCUUGAGACGGAGACCAGGGGACGAGAAUAAGACUUCUCCCUCUGAGGUGGUUCAGUGGUCUAAUCACCGUGUGAUGGAGUGGUUGAGAUCAGUGGAUUUGGCCGAAUAUGCUCCAAAUCUGAGAGGCAGUGGAGUUCAUGGAGGCCUGGUUAUUCUGGAGCCUCGCUUUAACCUUGAAACGUUGGCCAUGCUCCUCAACAUUCCCCCUCAGAAGACCCUCCUCAGACGGCACCUCGCCACCAACUUCAGCACACUUGUUGGAUCUCAGGCACAGCAAGAGAAACGGGAAUUUGACAAUGCCAGCAGGCAUGCACCACUUACCACCACCGCCAAAGUCAGGCCAAAGAAGCUAGGCUUUACCCACUUCAGACAACUAAGAAAGCUCAGGACAGAAGAAUCAGCAGAUUACAUCUGUCCCAUGGAAACAAGGACCCCUCAGAUUCUAAGUGGGUCACCAAAGCGACUCUUUGCCAGCUUCAGAGGCAACAGCCCUGUCUUAGAUAGUGACUUAAACAGACUGGAGCAGGCUGGGUCUUCAAGUUGACUCACUGCCUCCUGUCCUCAGGAAAUCAAAUCCUGCAGCUCCAAGAUCAAUUAAUGACAGUACUGCUUCUGGAACCACAGUAUUAAUGACAUGGAUUGGUAUAAAAAUAAAUUAUUUCACCAGCAUACCAUGAGAAUCUAAAAACCUAAAGAAAAUAUUGAGUCAUUGUAAAUAGAUUCAAAGUAGGGAAGUAAGGAGACGGGAACCGGCAGACAUUUAAAUAAAGUUUUAAUAAAAUAAACAAACAAGAACACGGAAGUAAAAUGCCGGCAGCCACCUCACGGUCGACCGCCGGUCACAAGAACAUAAAUCAUGUCCGGGCCCGGUCCGGUCCUCUACAACAGUCCCGUCCAUCGUCCUCUUAUGCUCCCAAUCUCCACCAUGAGAUAUCCGGGACCGGUGUGGGCACAGCUGAUUCAAACUAUCAAUCACGCCACCGGCCCCGCCUGACGGCUCUCGUCACGUCUUUCCAACCGCAGUCAUAUUUAAAAAGGCUGUAGUAUCUUUGAAAAUGUGCAAUGCCGAAAAUGCAACUUACUUAAUAAGCAAUUUAUACCCUCUAGAGAAGUAUUUGGGAAAUAGUUUCUUUCUCCAUAUUUUGUUCUCCUUCAUUGCUUUUGGAAACAUUAUAGCAAAAAAGUUCAUGCCAAAUUAAACAAUCCAUUAAAAGGCAAGCUUUAUGUACAUAUAAUAUCCAGUAUGACAUCCAAAAUUACAAAAUAUUCCAUGCGUUAACAACCAGCUUCAUCAAGCAAGAUCUUGUGUGAAUCGUUGCUCCACUGAUUCCUAGACACAAAACGUUCAUUCAUGGUUGCAUUUGUGGUAAAAUGCUGCCUCCCUCUGGGGAAAAAGUGAAAAGGUUAUUAUAUAGGUUCCUCAUCGUUAAAGAUCAGUUGCUGGCUCACGGGAUACAUAUACUUUUCUUUAGCUGUUUUGGAAAAAUAUGUGUUGUGGUACAUUUUAUAGUUUAAUUCUGUAAAGAUAAAAACUUGUUAUUGUAUAAUAUGUAUUUAUUUUGGAACAAAGUAGGCCUAUUGCAAGUAAAUUACAUAUAUUUAAAUCUAUACAUUAAAACAGUGUUGUAAUGGUUAUGAUCAUGUAAAUCACAAAAGAGUACAAUGACUAUUGAUUCAAGGUAAAGUAGAAAAAAAUUAGAACAUUAUAAAUGUAUAUUAGGCAUACUUAUAAGUGUAGGUGUCAGAAUUAAAAUCCCAAUUAACACAUAGGAAUAUUUUCUGUAUAAUAAAACUAAAUAAAAAUACAUGUGUACACAAAUACAUGAUAAUUGGUAUUCAGAGUUCAUUCAGUCGCACCAAUCAAUAACAAAUCUUCUCUGUAGAAUUUGCUUUGAAUGAUGGUCAGGGUUAGGUUUUUGUGUAUGAAACUAAACAUUUAAAACUAUUUUAUGCAAUUCCAUAUUUUCACAACAUUUUAGAGCGGAAUUAACAAAAAGUCCACAGAUUCCGAAUGGCCCAGCACAUUAUUGUUGUAAAGGUAUAGAAAGCCUUUGUACUUUUCAAACUGCUCAAAGGGCUCAAAUUGACAAACAACUGAAUCAGUAAACGAGCUAAUAACUACAGUCAUCAAUAUUUUUGAAAAUACGCUUGUUGAAAUCUGAAUCAAAACAGAAAUUAAAUAACAUCUGAAUGAUAAAAUAUUGUCAUGAGGUAUACAGGCAGUGUGGAGUUCAUGUGUAUAGUAUGUACAAAUAUGAUGAGGACAAAUACAAUGUGUAUAAAAGUAACAGUGUAGCGACAAAAUUAUGUGAGCAUAGUAUGCAACAAGUCCUCCAACUCAUUUGACCACAUUGGAUUAUUACAGUUUUUCUCAAUUGCUUUUGCUCAAUUCUCAAAUGAAAAUUGUAUUUUCCAAAACAAUAAGAUCAGAUCUCUGAACAAUUAGCUUAUUGUUCACAUCAGAUUGGAAUUUCUUAUUGAUUUUAAAAAAAUUGCAAAUGCUUUGGCACAUGUGUGCAAACAUUAACUACAAUCGUCUGCAGUUUGCACAACAAAUAAUUGCAUAUGGCUUGUUGAUUCAAUUCUCACUUCAACUGUCAAACUCUUCACAACUUCUCAAUCAUUUUUCAUCGUGUACGCCAUCAUAUUCAAAACAAUCCAUUCACUUAUCAAAAACUGGUAUACACGCAUGUAAAUUACAUUAUAAAUUAAAAUGUAAAAUGUAACAAAAAAUUUUUUUGUUGUAACAUACCGUUAGAAGUAUGAAAUGUACAGCAAUUGGACAAGCAAGAUUUCAGUUCACAUGUAAUACACAUACAAACUUAAAUGUACUGAAUAAAUCGAAAUGUUCAUUUACUUUUUUUCGUAUUUACUAUUGACUCUUCUCAAUUUUUUUUUAUGAUACCUUCAUUUCCAUGGUUGACUCUCAUGGUGAAAAAACAACUAAACAUUUUGACCAGUGUGGCUCACACGAUGACAAAAGUACUUUAUAUUUUGGUUGCCUAACUAAGAUAACUAGGUUUUGAAGCAUGAAUGAAAUAUUUUGGGUGAGUAACUUCAUUUUGCAGACAUGCAAUAACGUUCUAAAGUUCCAGCAAACAGUUGUGACAUUUGCACUCACAGUUUAGAGAAUCGAAAAAUGUGCCAAAGCAAUUGAGAAAAACUGUAAUCCUUGCUGUGAAGUUAUUUUGACAUAAAAAAAUCUAUGUCUUUUUUCUAUGAGAUAGCAUACAUUUAACAUAAAUACAAUGAGAUAUUCUCUAUCAAUGAUCUGAAAAUAUAAAAUAUUACCACAAGUGAUUCUAGGCCAUUCCCAGUAUAUUUGUAGUAGGCUAUACAUUAUUUCAUAUUUUGUGUUUUGCAAUAGUAAUUGUAAUAAUCACAUUACAACCCACCACGCUCAAAUCUCCAGAUGUUUGAUAACACCUAGAAUAACUAAAUCCACCAAAGAGGGCAAAGUUUUCUCAUAUGUAGCACCUAAACUCUGGAAUAGGCUUGCCGAUACUAUUCGAGGGUCAGACACAAUCUCCAAAUUUAAAUCUAGAUUAAAGACUAAUCUUUUCAGCCAAGCUUUCACUUAAUGCAUAAUAUGCAAUAAACCACCAUUCAUUAGAUAUUAUUCACUAGAAUGAUCUUGCACUGUGCUAUGUUUUUGUG